AUGAUGCUCCUCGCCGGCUGUCCAUUUGAGAUAUACUCAACGUCCGGAACAGAUGGAAAGCCUUCGAGGAUGCUAAAGGGUGCCUACCACUGGGUGCACCUCCGAUAA